AUGGCAUGCACACCAAGUCCCCGAAACUAUCUAAAAAUGCCUGAAAAUAAAGCUGCGUCCUGGACAUUUCUAUCUUCUAUUGAUGAGUUCAACAAAUGGGCUAAGAAAAUUUGUUUUCAGAUUGGAGAUUCUUUAGUUCUAAAGUAUGAUUCCAAGACCGAUUCAGUGCUGGAAGUGAUCGAGGAAGACUACAAAAUCUGCAACAACACCAAUCCAAUAAAAUCACACCAUGAUGGAGAAACUACAAUUUCACUGGAAAAAUUAGGUCCAUUUUUCUUCAUCUAUGUAGCUAAAGAACGUGUUCAGAACGGUCAAAAGCUAGAGGUUAUUGUUCUGUCCUAUAAACAUAGCUCUGGCCAACAAUCUACAGCGCAGGCACCUUCUCCUCAUCAUCACCAUCACUACUACCAUGCACCGGCGCCAGCCCCGACUAAUGAUGGUACUAGUCUGAAGGCGACGGAGAGGUUUAUUUGUGGCACUGCGGUAGUGGAAAUUUUGGUUGUGUUGUGUAGACUAGUUUUAUUAUUCAUGGGUUCUAACGUUGAGCUACAUUUUAUUUUCAUUAUUCUUUAUCACGUAUAUAUUUCCUUCUUUUAA